UUUUUUUCCGCAGACAAGAUCGUAAUCACGGCCUGUGUCUUCUUGAAAUGAACAUCGUAGCAGAUGGGUACUGGAGUGUGCCCUGUGCUCAUGCGCGCACUAUCCUGUUCUCGUCGUUUCUCGCCGUUCUAAGCCUAUGGCAAGCUGUGCGGUGAAUGCUCGCGCCAUAUUACAGCAUAUCCGGGAGGCUGUACGAGCCCUUAUUAUUAAAUAUUAGGCUGCCAUUGCAUGCUAGUCUAAAUGAAUGCCUUUGAUUAACGCUUUGAGUUCUGCUUAUUUCGUGUCUUCUCAUUAGUUUCAACUACGGAGUCGGAGUCGGGCCUGUCUACUGUUGAGGGAGAUGACGUCGACGCUACUGAAAAGCCGGGAGUUUACAAAGUAGGAGGAGGUAGCUCACCUCCGAAGACGACCAAAGCGAUUACACUACCGAAGCCGACAGCUCGGAAAAAAGUCGCGAGUACUAAAACUCCACCGAUGCCGAAGAUUACAACGCCUACUUCUGCGCCUCGCCCUACCACUACGCCUCGUCCCACUAGCACGCCUCGCCCCACUACUACGCCUCGCCCCACUACUACGCCUCGCCCCACUACUACGCCCCGCCCCACUCCUACGCCUCGUCCCACUGCAACGCCUUCUCCCACUGCAACGCCUUCUCCCACUGCAACGCCUCGUCCCACUGCAACGCCUCGUCCCACUACAACGCCUCGGCCAACUACUACGCCCCGCCCUACCACUACGCCUCGUCCCACUACAACGCCUCGUCCCACUACAACGCUUCGUCCCACUACAACGCCUCGACCCACUAAAAGGCCUCGGCCCAUUACGAAGCCUCGGCCCACUACGACGCCUCGGCCCACUACUACGCCUCGCCCCACUACUACGCCCCGCCCUACCACUACGCCUCGUCCCACUACAACUCCUCGUCCCACUACAACUCCUCGUCCCACUACAACUCCUCGUCCCACUACAACCCCUCGUCCGACUACAACUCCUCGUCCCACUAAAAGGCCUCGUCCCACAACAACGCCUCGGCCAACUACAACGCCUCGCCCCACUACUACGCCCCGCCCUACCACUACGCCUCGUCCCAUUAUAACGCCUCGUCCCAUUACAACGCCUCGUCCCACUACAACGCCCCACCCUACUAAAACGCCCCGCCCUACAACUACGCCCAGACCUACAACUACGUCUCGUCCCAGUACAACGCCUCGACCCACUACAACACCUCGACCCACUACAACUCCUCAGUCCACUACAACGCCUCGGCCCACUACAACACCUCGCCCUACCACUACGCCUACUCCUACGACAACCAGUAGUACCCCUACGCGCAAGCCUACGCUGUUCUGUGUGUUUGGCCCGACGUUUACAAGCGAUGCAGUCAUCAGGCAACAAAUAUGCGAGUACGCCGUAUAUGAUGGCUCUGCCUUUCUCGGCGCUGUGUUGCCUGACGGCGCCCAACGCAAGCUCGAUAUCUUUUUCAGGGUGAUGUAUGACGCCAUAAGGAAUCAUGCCAGCCAUUUGCUCUUUUUCAGAGCCUACAUAUACACCACGCGCUCAGGGGAGAGGCUCGCCCGAGAAACGCAAAGUAUACCGAACCUCGGCCUCGUCAUCUUGCAGACGCACAUCACGCCCGCCGAAAGAAUGCUUGCGGCGAAAUGCACGGUGCAUCUGAUUUCAUACAAGUCAGGUCGGCGUCAACGGGACGUGCCCACCUUCGACGUGGUCAUUUACACGGUCGACAAAUUCAGAGCUCUGGCGGGAAACUUCAGCAUCAUGUUCUCAACGUCCCUGGGCGUCAUGGUGUACGUGGCGAAGGAGAAAGUCCUUUACGGUGAAAAGAAUUCGACUGGUAAAGCAUGCGAGCGCGGCAGCUUGUAUGACCACGAUGUAUUGUGCACAACUAAGAACGCUCAACGCGAUUUUAAGGUCAACACCGCAGAAUCAGCGUGCUACCAGAUCUACGACCAGUACGACAGGUACCACUUCGUCACCUGGGAGGACAUGAAUACGAUAGAGACCAAGAUCAAAGACUACAUACACAAAAGUGAUGGGUGGGCCGUCUUCCAUCCCGACUUAGACGUCCGCAGGGUUUGCGGUUCCGACAAGAACUUGGAGCGUGUGAUUGCCUUUGCCACGGCUGUAAAGAACCGCUCUGGAGGAUAACCUCGCCACCGCACGGUGUCACAAUUCAUCUGGGACGUUUACGAUUGUCCGGCUUCCUUUCCUGUAAUGCGAGCUCUCUUUUGGGAUUUGUUAUACCGUAUGACCGAUGAGCAAAGCUCAACCUCUCAACCUGGCUUUGACGAAACUGCGCGAAGCUCGAGCCCUGACCUUUGUGUCAGCCAACCUGGCGCUGCACAAGCCACCGAUGGCGAUUGUUUUUUCAACCUUUGAAGCCUUAUCUAUAAAAGAAAAAAUAUGUGU